AUGCUCACGCCUGGACACGGCACCGACCCGAUUCUUGGCGCAGUGGCCGUUCCUUUUAUUCCGCAUCGCCUCAGAUCGAUGAAAGGACCGAGACGACUUGGUGACAGCAUUGAAGUAGCGCAUGGGAUAGCUGACGAGGAAGAACUGCAGGCACGAGGGAGCGCUAAAAAGACUGCAUCGGGCAAUGCGUUUCUGCUGACGCUGCUGCGCAAUGGCUUCCUGGCGACCAACACGGUGUACCUGCUGGUGCGAUUUUGGCUGCUGCGAUCGAGCGUAACCAAGAGCACCGUAUUCGGCUACGCUGUAUCCGAAGCCAUCGCAGUCGCACUGUGGUUUACGCUGCAGAGCAUGGCUGCGCAGGGAAACGAUCUGCAACAGAGCGGCCUGACGCAGUACAUGUUCGACAUCAUCUACGUAACGUGGUUCGUCCAACUGGCUUCGCUCCUCUGGUCGAAGUUCUGGUAUCUCUACCUCAUCAUCCCGGGAUAUGCGGGGUACGUGAUCUAUCAAAAGAUCCUGCUGCCCUACCUGUUCCGCGGGCAGAGUCCGUUUGCUUCGCUGCAGGGACUGGCGCGUGGCUCGAAUGCGCAGCCGGAAGGAGCGCCGCAGCAGCAGGAGGCAGUGUCGAAGCGUCAGCAGAAGCUCCAGGCCAGAGCUGCCAAGGGUGACCCGCGUGUGCAGGUGCGCAAACGCUAA